AUGGAUAUCGAUGGUGCUUCUUUUUCCUCCUCAAAAAAUGGACUAUACGAGCCGUUAGCAAGAGGAUUUGCUGCCAUCGAAGCAGCAACAGAACGAGAUACUAAAUUGCCAGAACUUGGCGACAUCAUUGGUCAUGUGCAUUCUCCAGAAUAUGUUAGCCAGCCGUUGAACGGCUGGAAACCAUUUUAUUUACGUUCAGUAAUUAACAUUCCGGAUCGCAUUUUUGAGCAAUAUAACCGAACUGAAUGCUUUACCCAGAUGGGUUUGUUUUCUGAAAUACAGCGUGCAUGGAUUACAGUAGACAAUCGUCUUUUCCUUUGGGACUACUUGUCUGGCCAGAACUUUCAGGCAUAUGAAGAUCUCUCACACACUAUUGUCAGUGUGAAGCUUGUUCAACCAAAGAAAAAUGUGUUUGUGGAGGAAGUGCAGUGUUUGCUGGUAAUUGCUACCACCCAAGAAAUUAUAUUACUUGGCGUUUCCAUUGAUAAAUUUACCGGAGAGCUCACAUUCUAUUCCACUGGAAUGCAAAUUGCAAUUCCUGGAUUAAAUGUUAACAACAUCGUUUCUUCUAAGGAUGGCCGGAUUUUCUUUUCAGGCAAUCGAGACCCUAACCUGUACGAAUUUUAUUAUCAGUCUGAUGAGGGUUGGUUUUCUCGUAAGUGCAACAAAGUGAAUCUUACCGGAUCUGCUAUUGACAACUUCGUACCUUCAUUUUUCUCUUACGGAGUUCAUGGAGACGGUGUCAAACAGAUUGCUGUCGACGAUUCACGAAAUUUGCUGUACGUCUUGCGUGAAAGCUCAUCUGUUACCUGUUAUGAAAUUUCUAGUUCCAAUAUCCAUCGUUGUGUCUCUUAUUCCUUCAGUUCCAUGAUUUCCCAGGCACAAAUGCUAAACGCUUCCUCAAUCUUGCUUGACCCAAGAAGUACUAAGCUUGUAUCAAUCGUUCCUGUCCCUGCUUAUGAAUCUCAACAAAUUUAUUGUGUUGCUAUCACUUCAACUGGUUGUCGAUUUUACAUGAGGGGCGGACGUAGUGCUACUUCCUAUUUCGAAACCUCCGAUGGUUCUUUUGCUACAAAUCCUCCUAGUACUUUACAAGUUACUCACAUUCGUUUUCCCCCUUCUUUUCAGACUAACGACUAUCAGCCCAAGCGCCAGUUUUCUGGAUCUUCCUUUUUCCCUCAAAGUCAAUCUGUCCCGCAACAGCCAGCUCAAGACCUCUCUACUCAAACAAAGCGCGAAUUUAUGGAUUGCUCUUCCUUGAGUACUGUUUUCACUUUUGAUUUAUUUUUUGCUAUAAGUUCUUCUGAUGCUAAUGCAGGCGAUACACUCUGUUGCACUGCUCCUGAAGUGGGCAGAAUUGCUAAUGCCUGGCAAAGCGGGUCUCAACCUUCAUUAGUUGAAUCUGCCAUGUAUCUUCCAAUAAAGGGAUUUGUACAGGACGUUAAAUGCCUUCAGAACUCUGAAGAGCGUAAUGAACUUGUUUCCCAAUUUAACACACCUCCUCCAAGCUUUGCUGUUCUUACAAACACAGGCGUCUACAUAAUUGUUCAUCGUCGUCCAGUCGAUAUACUUGCUUCUGCUAUUCGAAUGGGACCUUCUUCUUCUUCUGGAAUUGAUGGACAAGUGCAAAUGUUUUUUGAGAGUGUCGGACGUGCGGAGGGUUGCGCUACUUGUUUGGGCAUUAUAAGCGGUCGCCUCGAUCAAAACGACUUUACUGCCAGCAGCGCCAACUUUGCAGGCCCUACCACGAAGUUGACACAAGCUGAUCUUUUGGAAAUCGCUAAAAAGUAUUUCAUUGAAUUUGGUGGUAAAGCUUUUAUUGACCAAUCUCGCUAUAACAACCAGUAUGACGCUUCUUCUUAUGAGCUUGUACGUCUAUCAGGUUGUCAUGACGGCCUUGCUUCUUCUAUUUCACGUUUGUUACGUACAGUCUGGAAAAAGCCGGUUAUGUUAACCGUACCCAAUUCGAAAAAACGAGUAGACUAUGCACCUUCUUUUAAAGCUGACGAACUACUAAAAAUUCAGUCUGGUUUAUUAUCUCUAUCGAGCUUUUUAGAAAGCAACAAGAGUUUUAUAGAAGGACUUAAUAGCUCUGAUUCCUUAGUUGGCUCUUCUAAUAUGGGAGAAGAAAUCGCUGUACAGGCCGAGCAUAGAGCUUUAUCAGCUUUGAUGUUAGUCCUUCAGCAAAUGAUUGAAGGAAUUUCGUUCCUUUUGUUUCUCAAUGAAAGCGAUGUUUCUGAUUUUAUUGCAAUUACUUCCUCCAUAUCUCCCGAAUCUCAAAAUUCUUGUUCAAAAUUGACUUUUGGUGAAUUCUUCACAUCUAAAAAUGGUAGAGAGGUGACAAAGGAGCUCGUCAAUGCCUUGGUCAACAAGCAUCUUCGAGCCGGUGGUAAUAUCGAUUUAGUGAGCCAGUUACUACGAAAGAGAUGUGGAAGUUUCUGUAGUGCAGAUGAUGUACUUGUUUUUAAAGCCGUAGAGUCUUUGAAAAAAGCUAAAGAAACCGUUGAUAUUGAAGACCGCCAAUCAUUAGUCGAGCUUUCUUACAAUCUUUUCAAAAAAUCCGCUCAUGUUUUUACACCCGAAGAUCUUCGUUUGGCUGUCGAAGAAUACAAGUCUUUAAAUUCGUAUGUAUCUGCGGUUAAUUUAGCACUUCAUGUAGCUAGCGCUCGCGAUGACAAAGAUCAAGCCCUUUCAUAUCUUAUCGACGGUAUGCCACAAAAUGAUACCCGUGCAGACGUCUUUGCGAACCGUUCCAAAUGCUAUCAAUAUGUGUUCCAGAUACUUGAUGACUUGGAGUCUAAAUCAUCUGAAGAAUCUAAUCAAACAAAAAUGUCUGUGUAUAAUGCCUUACAGCAAUCAAAGGAUGAAUUAUUCCAUUACUGUUUCUACGACUGGUAUGCAAGCAAAGGUUUUGCCGACCGAUUAAUUGAGAUUGAUUCACCUUAUAUUCAAAAUUACUUGGAAAGGAACAGCACAAAAGACGUACAAAUUGCUAUUUUGCUUUGGCAAUAUUACGCUAAAAGAGAAAUGUAUUAUUAUGCAGCUAUUGUUCUUUUUGACUUGGCCACAAGCAAUCUUUCUUUAAAUCUUGAACAACGAAUCGAAUAUUUAACUCGUGCUAAAGGUUUUGGUAGCUGCCACAUUCCCAAUCUUUUGCGCCAAAAAAUGAAUAAGGUAAUGCUUAGUGUAUGUGAACAGCUGGAAGUUGCCAGUAUUCAAGAUGACCUUUUGGUUACUAUUCUUAAUGAUGUAAAAAUUCCAGCCUCAAAACAACAGGAGCUUUCGAGCAAACUGAACGUGGAAAUUUUAUCGCUUACAGAGUUGUUUAAUAAUUUUGCUGAUCCUUUGGGAUACGGUGAGAUUUGUUUGUCUAUUUUCCAAAGUGCUGACUAUCACGGUAUUGAUGAAAUAAUUGGUUGUUGGGAAUUUAUUGUUAAAACAACGCAUGAGAAUGCUGUAACUUCACCUAUCGGAUCUUCUCCGGUGGAUUCGGUUGCUUCUACUUUGAGAAAUCUCACACUUCGUUUUUCUCAAUCUGAGAAUGUCUUUCCGGUGGAGAAGAUUGUUGCUCUUGCUGAAAAUUACAGUUUUGAACAGCAAAGUGAAUCGACUUCAGCUGGUUGGGUUGUCGAUGUUUUUCUAAGCGCCGGUAUUUCUCAUGAAUUGAUAUUUAUUAUUUUGAAUCAGCUCUAUGACCGUAGAGAGAAGCCUUGGCAAGGAAAAGACAGAUUACUGUAUCUUGUAAAAGAAAUUUCACACUUAAUGAAGUUAUGGUACGACGUCAGUCUUAAGGCCGGUGUUGCCCAAGCAUUCAAGCCAAAUUUUGAUGCUCCUUUUGUUCUUGAAGCCAUCGAAAAAUAUAAGGCUGUUCUAACUGACCCUAAAUCUAUGAGCUGUAAGGAAGAAUUACAAUCUUUGGAGUUAGCAAUCCGCCGCACUUACUAA